ACACCAGUUAUCAGACAGUUAUAUUCAUAUUUUCUUUUAUUUUUGUAUCUUUCUCUUUUGUAUAUUUUGCAUGACAGACAACUGAAGUGAAACAAGUGAAACCUGGAAGUAUCAGUGAUUAAUAUCAAGUAUUCUUCAUUUGGCACACUGACAAAUGACUGUAACAGAACUCUGUAAAGGUGAGAAACAGGUUUGACAAUCAUCCAUCUCUGUUCAGAACAGACACACUUCCCUUCAUGAUCACUGAUCAGUAAACAGAACAGAGGAAGCAGCUCGGUCUUUUCACGACACGUCUUCAUCAAAACAAGAUGAAAAAAUUGUUUUUCUUGCUUCUCUUCUGUCAAGUUUCAUCAUCGGUGAAACACUCUCUGAAAAUUUCCAUAACUGCAUCUUCUGGACUCACAAACUUCCCAGAGUUUGUGGCAACUCUAAUGAUUGAUGACAUUUUGGUAUGUUAUUGUGACAGCAACAGAAAGAAGAUAGAACUAAAACAGGACUGGAUGAAAAAAUUAUUUGAAGACGAUCCUCAGCAUUUGGAGUGGUACACUAUAGAGUGUCUUCAGAGUGAGCCAAUCGUCUUCAAAUACUUGAUAAAUUAUUUGAAGCAGCUCUUCAACCAAAGUGGAGGUGUCCACAUUGUACAGAGGGUGAGUGGUUGUGAGGUGGAUGAUGAGACUGGAGAGGUUAGCGGUUUCAAUCAGUAUGGUUAUGAUGGAGAAGACUUCUUAUCAUUUGACCUGAAGACAUCGACAUGGAUCACUCCUAAACCACAGGCUUCCAUCAUGAAACAGAGAUGGGAUGCUGACAAAGCCGGAACACGAUUCAAUGUGAUUUACCUCACACAG